GUCAGCCUGGAUUGUGUUCAUUGAGAGAAACCUUAUUUUUUAACUGUGCUAUGGAAUAGAAGCAGGAGGGUUUUCCACCAAGUGACAGUCACUGAGCUGAAUUUACCCCCUCCUCCUUUCCACACCUGCAAAGCUUUUUGCCUGGGUCGAAUAUUUAGUUUAAUUACAUCUCAGCUUUGAGAGCUCCUGUUGCAAAAUCCCUGGAUUAAAAGGUUCUUCUGGGAGUCGAUGAACUAAGCCAUGAAGAGGCUGGCUCUCCUCUUCGUCCUGCUGCUGCCAGCAUGCUUGGCCAAGCCGUUCCACCAGCAGGGCCUCUUUGACUUUAUGCUGGAAGAUGAAGGGUCAGCCGACAUGCCUCCAACAGAUGAUCCCGUCAUAUCUGGAUUUGGACCAGUGUGCCCCUUCCGUUGCCAGUGCCAUCUUCGUGUGGUGCAAUGCUCUGACCUAGGUCUGGAAAAAGUACCAAAAGACCUUCCUCCAGACACAACUCUGCUGGACUUACAGAACAACAAAAUUACUGAAAUUAAAGAAGGAGAUUUCAAGAAUCUGAAGAAUCUUCAUGCAUUGAUCCUUGUUAACAACAAAAUCAGCAAAAUAAGCCCAUUAGCUUUUGCUCCUCUGAAGAAACUGGAAAGGCUUUACCUGUCUAAGAACAACUUGAAGGAACUCCCGGAAAAUAUGCCAAAGUCUCUUCAGGAGAUACGGGCUCAUGAGAAUGACAUCUCCAAGUUGAGGAAAGCUGUCUUUAAUGGACUGAAUCAAGUGAUUGUCUUAGAACUAGGCACCAAUCCAAUCAAGAGUUCAGGCAUUGAAAACGGAGCUUUUCAGGGGAUGAAGAGGCUCUCCUACAUCCGUAUUGCAGACACCAACAUUACUAGCAUCCCAAAAGGCCUUCCCCCAUCCCUUACUGAACUUCACCUUGAUGGCAACAAAAUCAGCAAAAUUGAUGCUGAAAGUCUGUCUGGACUCACCAACUUGGCAAAAUUGGGUCUCAGUUUCAACAGUAUUUCUUCAGUUGAGAAUGGCUCUCUUAACAAUGUACCUCAUCUGAGAGAGCUCCAUCUGAACAACAAUGAACUUGUCAGAGUACCCGGUGGGCUGGGUGACCACAAAUAUAUCCAGGUGGUCUAUCUUCAUAACAACAAAAUUGCUUCCAUUGGUAUCAACGACUUUUGCCCCCUUGGCUACAACACCAAAAAGGCUAGCUAUUCCGGUGUGAGUCUCUUCAGCAAUCCUGUGCAGUACUGGGAAAUCCAGCCCUCUGCUUUCCGAUGUAUCCACGAACGUUCUGCAGUACAGAUUGGAAAUUACAAAUAGGUGUCUAAAGAUGGGGUUCGGUUGUGUUUCAGCUGAAGUAUCUGUUGUUACAGGCCUGUUCAAAAAAUCGUUGCUAACUAUUAACGCCAAAUACCAGAAACUUCACUUUAAAGUGGAGAUGAUCCAUUGAUGUAGAAUAAAUGAAACAUUACAGAUGUACAAGAGCAAGCAAAACAUCAAAAAGAAUUGUCAACUGUGCUUUAAAGUGACUUAUUUCAGCCUUCUUUUCCAGCAUGCUUUCUGUGGCAUUAUUCAGUUUGCUGAAUGCUACAGGUUUUCAAAUUCCACUGUAUAUGAGAUUCGGAGUAAAUAUUUGUCAAGCUAUGAUAUAGAAAAAAAAAAAAAGAUAGUGAAUGAGGUUAUUUUUAUAGCCACAUACACACAAAAAUAGUAGAGGAAAAAAGACUCAAAUCAUCUUGAGACUUGAGAAGGUGAGAGUUACCUCCUUUAAAUUUAUUUCAAGCCCUGGAGGUUUAAAAAUAUCCACUAUAACUCUAAGAUAAUUCUGAAUGUAUCUAUUUAGCAGAGGCAAAUAAAGUUGUUGCUAAUGCCAUUAUUUUGGGAAAAAUAAAAAAAAAAAUCUUAUUGUAUACAUAAUUCUUUAAAGGUUGCCAUUGUUCUAGAGCAAUGUUAUUCAAAAUUAGCCUAACAUCAUUCUAUUGAACAAAAUAUUCAGUAGUCUGCAGUAAAAAAUGUGUAAUCUAUACCUGGAGCUCAAUAACUAAAUUUCUUUAGUGCAAAUCCCUCUCACCAUAGUCACAAGAGCAGUUUUAAUGACUUUGCUGCCUUGCAGAGUAUGGUAUAAGGGUUUAGUAAUUGAUAUCAAUCCAUGUAUGUUUCUACAACAACAACAAAAGAAAAAAAAAAAAAAAAACAAAACCCAACAGUUCCCUGUUCAUUUGUACUGCAUUGUACAUUUUUCAGCAUCCUUUACUGUUUUUGUUGUUUAAACAAAGUUUUUAAUUGUAAAGUAGACAUAUGCAGGCUCCUCCAUCUGACGAAUUUGUGGAAUUUAGAUUGUAUGCAAAAGCAUAAGUGUAGAAAUAUACGAAGUGAAAUAACUGCAAAUAUGGACAUUGCUGGGACAUCUAUUUAGAGUGAUUUGGAGCUCUCUUUAAAUUGGGAUUCUUCAACCCAUACCAGUGAGUAGCAAGCACAUCAAAGGUAGGCUGCACAUUUCUGCUGUCAAUCUACAAAGCUAAACCUAUACUCAAUAAAAACAUCACCUGAAAAGAAUUUUCUGCAGUCUCUUAAUACUCCAAGGUCAAUCUCUCUAAUUUGUAAAACUUCUAUGUCAUUUAUAUUAAAGAAUAAUGUAAUACAGGCAAACUC